GCAAUGACAGGUAAGUCUUGACCUGUCAUAACUUGUUGUUGCAAAAUAGCUUUAAAUGUUCAAUAAUGCCACCAUUAAAAGCAAAUUAAGAAAAUGGUAACAUAUGUAACUUUCUCUUUAGGAUUUCUUAGUCAGCGACUGAAGAAUGUGACAGGCUUUUUUGGAGGAUCGACACAACCUAUAUCUGAGACUUUGAUUGAAGAAUGGAGGAAAAUACGAUGGGGCGAAAAAGAGGACCUACAGUUUAUGAAGGAUUAUCAGCCUCAUAACAAAGAAGUCAAACAGCUCAGAGUUCUGCUUCAUGGACCUACUGGUUCUGGAAAGUCCAGCUUCAUCAACUCUGUGGAAAGUGCUUUAAGAGACAAAGUCACUGGUCGGGCUCCAACAGAUACAAACUCUGGAGAAAGCUUCACCAUGAAACGUCAAACGUACAAAAUCAACAAAGGAGGACCAGGCACAUUUUACCCUUUUGUCUUCACUGACAUCAUGGGCCUCGAGGGGUCAGACAAACAAGGAGUUUGUGUGGAAGACAUCAAACUGGACAUGGAGGGGCACAUAAAAGAUGGUUACAAGUUCAAUCCGCUCUCUAAAAUAUCAGAGGAUAAUCCAAACUACAACAAGAGCCCCACCCUGGAGGACAAAGUUCAUGUUCUGGUUUGUGUCAUCAAUUGCACCACAGUGAGUGUACUGCGUGAUGAAUCUAAGAGAAAGAUGAAGCAGGUCAGACUUGCAGCUAGAGACUUGGGCAUUCCUCAGCUGGCUGUUCUCACCAAAAUUGAUGAAGCUUGUGAAGAGGUCCGCUCCGAUGUAAAGAACGUGUAUAAGAGCAAGUACAUAAAGAAGAUGAUGGACCAAGUGAGUCAGGAUCUGGGCUUUCCACUAAACUGCAUCUUUCCUGUGAAGAACUACAACUCAGAGAUCGAAAAAAAAAUUGCGAUCGAUUCACUGAUCCUGAGCGCAAUGAACCGGAUCAUUAACUUUGGAGAAGACUUUGUCAACAACCCCUAGACCUAAAAUACUGCCAAGGCCAAUUUUGCUUUUAAAAACAUUUGUUUGUGGGGCUAUAAUUAAAUGGUCUCGCCUCUGCUAAUCGUUAAAUAAAGUAUGUUAUGCUGUAUCAUCCUCACUACGCAUUUGAGUUUUUGCAUUAGCUAUGCUUUGUUGAUUUAGGUGGUAAUGUCUGAUGUUCCAGUUCCCCAGUAAUCAUCAAUCUGGUGAAUAGAAGAUCAAAACAAAUAAUUAAGUCUAAACAGGGCUAAAUUUGAUUGUGAAACUAUCCAUUUUUUUAUUUCAAUGUUUUCACUGUGUUGUUACAUUGCGCUAGUACUGCUGUUUAGGUUAAUCCACAAAAAAUGAAAUAAUGACAUUUGUUCCUAGUCUUCUAGUGUAUUCCCUUGUAUUCCAUUGACUAUAUUGUCUUAUAAUGUAAUCCCUUUGAAGUAUCCUACGCAGUAUUACACAAUAUUGUAUAUUCAUAAGGGAAGGCAGUAACACUUGUUUACCGGGGCAUCUGGGAUUGAAUUGACCAAUUAUGGCCUAAAUAAAAAUGGUAUGUAAA